AUGUCAGAAACCGCAGGAAAACCAAUUACUUGUCAAGCUGCUGUUGCAUGGGAAGCAAAAAAACCAUUGAGUAUAGAGACAAUUGAAGUUGCUCCACCAAAAGCCCAUGAAGUGCGUAUUAAAAUUUACGAUACUGGGGUCUGUCACACUGACGCUUUCACUUUGAGUGGAGACGAUCCAGAAGGUGCAUUCCCAGUUAUUUUGGGACACGAAGGUGCAGGUGUGGUUGAAUCAGUAGGUGAAGGUGUUACUAAUGUCAAGCCUGGCGACCACGUUAUUGCUUUGUAUACUCCAGAAUGUAAAGAGUGUAAAUUCUGCAAAAGUGGUAAGACAAACUUGUGUGGAAAGAUUAGAGCUACUCAGGGAAAAGGAGUCAUGCCAGAUGGUACUUCAAGAUUCACUUGUAAAGGGAAGGAACUCUUGCAUUUUAUGGGUUGCUCGACUUUCUCGCAGUAUACUGUUGUUGCAGAUAUUUCAGUAGUUGCUAUUAAUCCAAAAGCACCAUUUGAUAAAGCUUGUUUAUUAGGAUGUGGUAUAACCACCGGUUAUGGAGCAGCUACUAUUACGGCUAAUGUUCAGAAGGGUGACAAUGUUGCUGUAUUUGGUGCAGGAUGUGUUGGAUUAUCCGUUGUUCAAGGCUGUAAAGAAAGACAAGCUAAUAAAAUUAUUGUUGUUGAUAUUAGUAACAAGAAGAAAGACUGGGCUUUUAAGUUUGGUGCUACCGAUUUCGUCAACCCUACAGAAUUACCCGAGGGAACUACUAUUGUUGAAAAGUUAAUUGAAAUGACAGAUGGUGGGUGCGAGUAUACUUUUGAUUGUACUGGUAACGUGAAAGUUAUGAGAGAUGCAUUGGAAGCUUGCCAUAAAGGAUGGGGUACAUCUAUCAUCAUUGGUGUUGCAGCAGCAGGUAAAGAAAUCUCAACUAGACCAUUCCAAUUGGUUACAGGUAGAACUUGGAAAGGUGCCGCAUUUGGUGGUGUUAAAGGUAGAUCUCAAUUACCAGGAAUUGUCGAUGACUAUAUGGCUGGUAAAUUGAAAGUUGAAGAAUUCAUUACUCACAAACAUAAAUUGGAUCAAAUCAAUACUGCUUUUGAGGAUAUGCACAAGGGUGAUUGUAUUCGUGCUGUUGUCGCUUUAUGA